AAUGUCUUUCCCUUUAAGACAGCCUAGCUCACCUGAAGGUGUAGCUCGCUCACCUGGCUCAGGUGGUUGCAAAGCUUAGUCGAAGAGGAGGAAGUAGAUCGGCGCGACAGUAUGUCGGCCUCAGCAAUUUUCAUCCUUGACUUGAAAGGCAAGCCACUAAUCAGCCGCAACUAUAAGGGAGAUGUCAGCAUGUCAGAGAUUGAUUACUUCAUGCCACUCUUCAUGCAAAAGGAGGAGGAAUGCGACCUGACCCCAGUCCUCUCCCAUGGAAAAGUUCACUUCCUUUGGAUAAAGCAUAGCAACCUCUACUUGGUGGCCAUCACCAUGAAGAAUGCCAAUGCCUCACUGGUAUAUUCCUUUCUCUAUAAAGUGGUUGAGGUUUUUUCUGAAUACUUCAAGGAGCUGGAGGAAGAGAGCAUCCGUGACAAUUUUGUCAUUGUGUAUGAGCUACUGGAUGAGCUGAUGGACUUUGGGUUUCCUCAGACGACAGAUAGUAAAAUUUUGCAGGAGUACAUCACUCAGCAGAGCAACAAACUGGAGAUAGCUAAAUCUCGGGUUCCAUCCACUGUCACCAAUGCAGUCUCUUGGAGAUCAGAGGGACUUAAAUACAAGAAGAAUGAGGUCUUCAUUGAUGUCAUUGAAUCUGUUAACCUGUUGGUUAAUGCCAAUGGGAGUGUCCUGCUGAGUGAAAUAGUGGGUUCCAUCAAACUGAAGGUGUUCCUUUCUGGUAUGCCAGAGCUACGCCUGGGCCUCAAUGAUAGGGUGCUUUUCGAGCUCACAGGACGUGGAAAAAAUAAGUCUGUAGAACUGGAGGAUGUCAAGUUCCACCAAUGUGUACGACUAUCACGUUUUGACAAUGAUCGUACUAUUUCAUUCAUUCCGCCUGAUGGAGAUUUUGAGCUUAUGUCAUAUCGCCUGAGUACACAGGUGAAACCUCUCAUCUGGAUUGAAUCUGUCAUUGAGAAGUUCUCUCACAGCCGAGUGGAGAUUAUGGUUAAGGCAAAGGGCCAGUUCAAAAAACAAUCAGUGGCCAAUGGUGUGGAGAUAAGUGUGCCUGUCCCAAGUGAUGCUGACUCACCCAAAUUCAAAACCAACAUUGGCAAUGCAAAAUAUCUGCCUGAAAAGAAUACUGUUGUCUGGAACAUAAAGUCCUUUCCAGGUGGUAAAGAAUAUUUGAUGCGAGCCCAUUUUGGGCUGCCCAGCGUUGAGAACGAGGAGCUGGAAGGUCGGCCACCCAUCUCAGUCCGAUUUGAAAUCCCCUACUUCACAGUCUCUGGGAUUCAAGUACGGUACAUGAAGAUCAUUGAAAAGAGUGGGUACCAGGCUUUGCCAUGGGUCCGCUAUAUCACCCAGAGUGGAGAUUAUCAACUUCGGGCACAUUAAUUGUAUGAUUCCACAGAAUGGAAUGAGAAUGAAGAGGUCUGAAUGACUUUCAAGAAUGAAGAGGUCUGAAUGACUUUUAAUCCAGGCUCUGUCUGGAUCUGAUCUUGUAUAUUUAUGUCCUGGCAAAGUGCUGCUUUGGUCCUCAUUCCAUCCAACCACAGCUUGGGUUGGUAGUUGUUGGACAAUUACACCUAAGGUUGAUCUGGGUGGGAGAGAAUCAUAGCCUAUUCUUAUUCUUCUUGUUGCCUAUAAUAGCAUAUAUACUGCUUCCUAGCUUGAGUAGAAAAGCCCUCUCUGUUAUACUGUGCCUUGCAAGGCUUUUUGGUGAAAAAGCUUUGAUGAGUAAAGCCUUUAUUCAGAAUUUCUCUUUUAGAGAAUUCCUGUGACAAAAGAGCAGGU